CACCCCCCCCCCUUUCCUCCCUCUCUCUCGCGCUCACUUCUUUUCAAGUUUCCUCUCCCCCGACUCUCGCGUCUGCAGAGAGAGAAGCCGAUUCUCUCUGCUACUGUAGCCAACACGCUUUCGUGCUGGGACGCUUGCCCAUCGCGUUCACGUUCGCGAAGGUUAUCGAGUUCCGACGAUGACUGUUUUCUCCGGCAAGCAAGUUGUUCCAGUCGACUACGAGGCCGAGGUGUCUCAGCGCCUCCUCCAGGCCCUCGUCGAUGGAGAUAUGAGAACAGCAACGGCUUGCGUCGCUGAUUCGCUCGUCGAUGUGAAUUUCGUCGGUGCCAUCAGCUUGAAGACGAGGAAGAGCGACGUUGUGCUUCGCAAUGAAUCGGCCAGCGAAAUCCGAGUUGAAUACGAGGAGUUCAAAACUGAUGUUACGGCGUUGUUCCUCGCCGUUAAUGCCGGGAACGUGGCUCUCGUGAAGAAAUUACUGAGUAUUGGAGCUGAUGUGAACCAGAAGCUGUUCAGGGGCUUUGCAACAACUGUAGCUGUAAGGGAAGGCCAUUUGGAGGUACUUGAGGUCCUACUCAAAGCUGGUGCGUCUCAGCCCGCUUGCGAGGAAUCUCUGGUUGAAGCAAGCUGUCACGGAAGGGCAAGAUUCACUGAAUUACUGAUGGGAACUGAUCUUAUUCGGCCUCAGGUUGCUGUGCACGCUCUUGCCACAGCCUGUUGCAGGGGCUUUGUGGACGUCGUGGGGGUCUUACUCAAAUUUGGAGUAGAUGCAAAUUCAAACGACAGGCUUCUGCUCCAAUCUUCAAAGCCUUCUCUUUACACAAAUGUGGACUGUACGGCGCUUGUUGCUGCCAUUGUCAAUAGGCAGGUCUCUGCCGUCCGUGUACUGUUACAGGCUGGAGCGCGGACAGACAUCAUGGUGAGGCUUGGAGCCUGGGCUUGGGACUCAAACACAGGAGAAGAAAUCCGGGUGGGGGCCGGACUGGCCGAGCCUUACCCUCUCACCUGGUGUGCUGUAGAAUAUUUCGAAACCAGUGGCUCUAUUUUGCGCUCGCUCUUGGAACUCCAUAAUUCAAAUGCUCCCCACCGCGGCCGAACUCUCCUCCACCAUGCCAUUUUAUGUGGAAAUGCGGGGGCCAUCAGGGUCCUCCUCGAAUGUGGCACCUGUCCAGAAACUCCUAUCAAAACCCUGGGAAACACUGAACUCCGCGCCAUCCACAUUGCAGCGCAGAAUGGUGCAACUGAGAUUAUUCAACUUUUAGUUAGCUAUGGAUGCAAUAUAAACUCGAGGACUGAAGCUGGGGAUACAGCCCUGAUGAUCUCCACUAGAAACACACACGGAGAUUGUGUGAAGACUCUAGCCAUGGCAGGUGCUGAUUUUGGCUUAGUGAACAAAUCAGGUCAAUCCGCGGCAUCAAUUGCUGGAUCAAACAAGUGGUCUAUAGGAUUUGAAAGAGUUGUUUCAGAUCUGAUCCGAUAUGGAGUGAUCCCAAAUUCGAGCAACGGUUCAGUGUUUUCACCAUUGCUGUUUGCAGCUAAAGCUGGAGAUGCAGAGGCGCUGAAAUCUCUUCUGAUAAAGGAUGAAGGAACUGACAUGGAUUAUCAAGAUGAAGAUGGACGGACAGCGGCAAUGUUAGCAGCAAUGAAGGGUCACAUUGAAGCCUUCAGGGUGAUAGUGUACGCAGGAGCAAAUGUGAAGCUGUUGAGCAGAUUAGGAGAGACGGCGGUUUCUCUGUCCGAAAUGAAUGGAAAGAGAGACGAGAUGGAGAGAGUGAUGCUGGAGUACGCGCUGGAGAAGGAGAAGGGGAAUGACGAGGCGGAGGGAGGGUUCUAUGCGUUGCACUGUGCAGCACGCAGAGGAGAUGUGAAAGCAGCGGAGCUGUUGACGGGGAAAGGGUACGGGGUGAAUGUCCCAGACGGGGAAGGGUACACUCCGCUGAUGCUGGCGGCAAAAGAAGGGCAUGGACAAGUGUGUGAGUUCCUGAUAGGACGGGGAGCAAAGUGGGAGGAAGAGAACGGAAGAGGGGAGACAGCGGUAACGAUGGCGAGGGGAGAAGCGGAGAGAGCGAUAAAGGAUGAGGUAGCGAGGAGGAAGGUGAAGGAGGGAGGGGAAGUGAGGAAGCACACAAAGGGAGGGAAGGGAAAGGCACAUAGGAAGGAGUUGAGAAUGGAGGAAGGAAGGGGAGUGCUAAGCUGGGGGAAGUCAGGGAAGAGAAACGUGGUGUGCAAGCAAGUGGAAGUAGGGGGAAGCCCAAAGUUCAGGAGGAACAGGAAGGGGAAGAAGGAAGAGGAAGGGAGAGGAGUGUUCAGGGUGGUGACGACAGAGAACAAGGAGUUCCAUUUUGAGUGCGAAGGGGGUGUGGCGGCUGCCGAGAUGUGGGUUAGGGGUAUCAGACUUGUCACCCGACUUGCUAUCUGUGGUGGGGACUAAAAACAGAACAUCAGUUUUGUACAUAGAAAAAGAAGAAAGAAACCCCUCCCCCCCCCCCAUCCAACUAGAGAUUUGUUUUCCUUAAUUAUAUUUUUAUAUAUCUGUUUGUUAAUUAAGAGGCCCAAUGGACCACCCUCAAUUUAAUCACUGUUUUUGU